AUGCCGCUGCACAAGUAUCCGCCGCGGCUGUGGUCCGCAAUGCGGUUGCGGGAGGGCAUCUGUGCGCGGCUGCCAGAGCACUACCUGAAGGCGCUGCAGGACGACACACCGCCCACUGCUGUGCACUGGCGGCCGCUGGGCGUGCGCUACCGGCGGAACCCGCGCACUGGGGAACGAGAGCGCGUGCAGGACGUGCCGGUGCCUGUGUACCUGCCGCCCGCCGCACACGAAGGGCUCUGGGGCGGCGAGGGCUGGAUCCGCGGCUUUCGAUAUGCGCGAAACGACAAGCUUUCCACCAGGCUGCCUAAGAUAUGGAAGCCGCAGCUCUUCAACCGGCAGUUCUACAGCGAGAUCCUUGACACCACAAUGACCAUCACUGUCACCAUGAGGACGCUGGACCUUAUCGACCAGGCCUAUGGCUUUGACUUCUACAUCCUCAAGACCCCAAAGGCUGACAUGUGCUCCAAGCUGGGGAUGGAUUUGAAGCGAACCAUGCUGCUGCGGCUGGCACGCCGGGAUCCUGCUCUGCAUCCCGAUGAUCCAGCCAGGAGGGAGGCCAUCUACAAUAAGUACCAGGAGUUUGCCAUCCCAGAAGAGGAAGCUGAAUGGGUUGGCUUGAGUUUAGAAGAAGCAAUAGAAAAACAAAGGCUCCUAGAGAAAAAGGACCCUGUCCCACUCUUUAAGGUGUAUGCUGAAGAGCUUGUCAAUGAACUAAAAGAGCAGGCACUGCAGAAGCAGUAGAAGAAAAAAUGCUUGGAGCAAAACCUCAGCUGCAGCUCAAGUUGUGGACUUGUGUUGGGUCUGUCUGAGCCACGUUGUAUGGAAGAGUGUGCCCAGGAGGGUGUUGUACUUACUGAAGUCCAACUAAACAGCCUGAAUUCAGUGGGGAGCCAUUCCAGUGGGCUAUGGAAAGAAUUUCUGUCCUGUGGCAUCUGAAAGCCUUCCUGUGAGACUGCCUUAGUGUGGUUCUUUGCCUGUACAAGUUGUGGGCUGCUGCUGAGAGCUCAGUCACAACAUCCAAUGAAAUGCUGGGACUAGCAGUGAGCUGUUCUCUGGUGCUCAUUGUGUUAGAGCAGGGCCUGUGAGACACAGUGGUGGUGUAACCUAGGCCAGUCCCCAGCCUUCUGCUUCAGAGACAAUUGUGCCCCAAAAGCAUGACCCCAAACCCUCCAGCUCAAGAGGUGCCCUGCUGGCAGAUGGGGCUGAGCUCCCCACCUGCAGUCCCUGCCCAUAGAGCUCACUAACUCCUGGGGUUCAAGCAUUGUUUCUGCUGG